AUGUCGUUCCUCUAUCCCAGACAAGACACACUCAAGGAAUGCUUCUCAUACGCCCCCGGCAGCCGCCCUAAUAAGACUGCCAAUACCACAGCCAUGGCGAGACCUACGCACUAUCAGGCCCGUCCCGAGCUCUACGGCGCCUUCUCCACCGUCGACGACGUCAAGGGCAAGGCGAAGCAGCUCAGCGCUGAGGCCACGGCUGAGUUCGAAAAGGCCAGUGCCAAGGCCCAAUCCGCGGCCGGCGGCAAGAUAGAGCUGUACUCCGGAAAGUACUAUGCUGCUUGCACCCUUGGUGGUCUUAUGGCCUGCGGUUUGACACAUACCGCCGUAACUCCUCUGGAUCUCGUCAAAGUGAGGAGGCAAAUCGAUUCGAAAUUGUACCGUGGAAAUUUCCAGGCCUGGGGAAUCAUCUUCCGAAAGGAGGGUCUACGCGGCAUCAUGACCGGCUGGGGCCCGACCUUCUGGGGCUAUUCCGCGCAGGGAGCUUGCAAGUACGGAUUCUAUGAAUACUUCAAAAAGACCUACGCCGACCUUGCGGGCCCCGACAACGCCAAAAAGUACCAGACGGUCCUCUUCCUCUCUGCAUCGGCCUCUGCCGAGUUCAUCGCCGACAUCGCCCUCUGCCCCUUUGAGGCUGUCAAGGUCCGCAUGCAGGGCGGGAUCCCCUCCCCCUACAAGGGCACCCUCGACGGCAUCAGCAAGGUCACAGCCAAGGAAGGGUGGGGAGGCCUCUACAAGGGCCUGUACCCGCUCUGGGGUCGGCAGAUCCCUUACACCAUGAUGAAGUUCGCCUCCUUCGAGACCAUUGUCGAGAUGAUGUACGCUCGCCUCCCGGGACAAAAGUCCGACUAUAGCAAGGCCGCGCAGACGGGCGUGUCAUUUGUCAGCGGCUACCUGGCGGGCAUCCUCUGCGCCAUCGUCUCGCACCCGGCCGACGUCAUGGUCAGCAAGCUCAACGCGAACCGCGCCCAGGGCGAGGCUUUUGGUGCGGCAAUGGGCAGGAUCUACAAGGACAUUGGCUUCUCCGGCCUCUGGAACGGUCUGCCCGUCCGCAUCGUCAUGAUUGGUACCCUGACCGGUCUCCAGUGGAUGAUUUACGACUACUUCAAGAUCUUCAUGGGUUUCCCCACCACCGGAGGAGCGGCUCCCCCUACCGAGAAGAAGUAA